CGUCUGAGCUCCUCAGCUCAUUGGUGGAAGCAAAGCUUGUCGGAGGUAGGGCGUGAAUCUUGACGUCCUCAAAAAAAAGCUCGAGAUACGGGAAUUUGAAGUUUCGUUUCUCCAGCUUUCAGACCCGUUUCGGAAGAGGCCUUGUUACGCGCCAAAUGGACUCCAAUCAGUUCCGCGAGGCAGCUCACGCUGCAAUCGAAGAGAGUCCGCCACCCCCACCACCACUACUGCCGGCACACUGACCUAACCCUUCAGUCAUCAAAUACUAUGAUACUCUUCCAGAGCGCCGCGUCCUCUCCGACGUCACCCCCGGUUAUUUGCGUGAGCUUAUCCCCACCGUGGCACCGCAAACGCCCGAGUCAUGGCCGUCCAUCCAAUCCGACAUCGAGCGCGUCAUCAUGCCCGGCUUGACGCAUUGGCAAUCGCCAAACUUCAUGGCUUUCUUCCCCGCCAGCUCAAGCUUCCCGGGAAUGCUCGGUGAGCUGUAUAGCGCCGCUUUCACUGCCCCCGCCUUCAACUGGCUCUGCUCGCCCGCCGUCACCGAGCUUGAGACUGUGGUCCUGGACUGGCUGGCCCAGAUUCUCGGUCUCCCACAGUGCUAUCUCAGCCAAGGCGAAGGCGGUGGUGUCAUCCAGGGAAGUGCCAGUGAGGCCAUCGUCACUGUCAUGGUGGCUGCUCGCGAGAGGGUCUUUGGCAACUUGAGCAAGGAACUUGAAGGUAAGGAGAAAGAGGACAAGAUUGACGGCCUGAGAGGUAAAUUGGUUGCACUGGGCAGCGAGCAUGCGCAUAGCUCGACGCAAAAGGGAGCUAUCAUCGCUGGCACAAAGUAUAGAUCAGUUGCUGCGUCAAAAGAACAAGGAUUCUCCAUGACGGGAGAAUCCCUAAGACGGGCGCUGGAGGAUUGCAAGCGUGACGGCUUGACGCCUUACUAUCUCACGGUCACCCUAGGCACGACAUCCACCUGCGCAGUUGACCGGUUCGAUGAGAUUGCAGAGGUUCUCAAAGACUGGCCCGAGGUCUGGGUCCACGUUGACGCGGCGUAUGCAGGCGCAGCCUUGGUCUGUGAAGAGUAUCAGCAUUUGACCAAGAGCUUCACAGCAUUCGACAGUUUCGACAUGAACAUGCACAAGUGGCUGUUAACAAACUUCGAUGCCAGCUGUCUCUUCGUGAAACGUCGGUCAGAUCUCACGUCUGCGCUCUCGAUUACGCCGUCUUAUCUUCGAAACACCUUCUCCGAUUCCGGGCUGGUGACCGACUACCGUGACUGGCAAAUCCCGCUUGGUCGGCGUUUCCGUGCCCUCAAGAUUUGGUUUGUGCUGCGCUCCUACGGAAUCGAGGGCCUCAAGGCACACAUCCGGCGACACAUCAAGUUUGGCGAGCUCUUCCACCAGCUCGUCAAGUCAAGGGAAGACGUCUUGGAGUUGGUGACUGGCCCGAACUUUGCUCUGAACGUCGUCACCGUGGUGCCGCGCCGGAAGUGGAUGAAGGGUCGGGAGAGAAGAGUCAGCGCUAGUCGACCGGAUCCGAAUCACGAGGCGUAUCUGAACGAUUUCACGCCUGACGCAGAGAACCAGGCAUUGCUAGAUGCAAACGAAGUCACAAAGGAAGUCUAUGAGCUAAUCAACAGUCGUGGCGAGAUCUUCCUGACGAGCGGGGUCGUAGGGGGCACGUAUGUGAUCCGAGUCGUCACGGCUACACCGAGCGUGGAGGAGAAGAACGUCCGGAGGGCAUUUGAAAUCCUGGUGGAAACGGCCGAGGAGGUGCUCAACAAGGGUGCCAAGGCGUGAGCGGAUGGCAGCCAGACAUGUCUAGGAAGAGUACGAAGUAGGAUGAAUACGAUUUACGUGCCGGCGACGGCCAAAACGAAGCUGGAAGCGCUGGCAGGGUGGCCAUGUCUCGAGCGGCGUGGUGUCGCAAGUGUUAGGUUCAGCUUCGUUUUCCCACAUGCGCGCGCGAUGCUGUACAU